AGGGCCCCCGCCUCCUUGCGCGAAGUGCGCAGGCUCCUCCGCGGGACUCGGGUUCUGCCCGGGGACUCAGCCCAGCUGGCAGCGUUGCUCCCUGAGCGCUCCUGAGGGGGCCGCCCGGCCUUGUCUUUCAGCAGUGGCCGAGCCACCGCCGCCUGUCGCCCGUUCCAGAGCUGGGUGCUGCAGCCGCAGUCCCGAUCGCCGUGUUUGGUCGAUAGAAUCCCCAGUGUGCCCAGAGAGUGCGACCCCUCGCCCGGCCCGGCGAGCCCCGGGCGUGAACCGAGCUGAGGGAGGAUGGCAGCCUCCGGAGUGGAGAAGAGCAGCAAGAAGAAGACAGAGAAGAAACUUGCUGCUCGGGAAGAAGCUAAAUUGUUGGCAGGUUUCAUGGGCGUCAUGAAUAACAUGCGGAAACAGAAAACGUUGUGUGACGUGAUCCUCAUGGUCCAGGAAAGAAAGAUACCUGCUCAUCGUGUUGUUCUUGCUGCAGCCAGUCAUUUUUUUAACUUAAUGUUCACAACUAACAUGCUUGAAUCAAAGUCCUUUGAAGUAGAACUCAAAGAUGCUGAACCUGAUAUUAUUGAACAACUUGUGGAAUUUGCUUAUACUGCUAGAAUUUCCGUGAAUAGCAACAAUGUUCAGUCUUUGUUGGAUGCAGCAAACCAAUAUCAGAUUGAACCUGUGAAGAAAAUGUGUGUUGAUUUUUUGAAAGAACAAGUUGAUGCUUCAAAUUGCCUUGGUAUAAGUGUGCUAGCAGAGUGUCUAGAUUGUCCUGAAUUGAAAGCAACUGCAGAUGACUUUAUUCAUCAGCAUUUUACUGAAGUUUACAAAACUGAUGAAUUUCUUCAACUUGAUGUCAAGCGAGUAACACAUCUUCUCAACCAGGACACUCUGACUGUGAGAGCAGAGGAUCAGGUUUAUGAUGCUGCAGUCAGGUGGUUGAAAUACGAUGAACCUAAUCGCCAGCCAUUUAUGGUUGAUAUCCUUGCUAAAGUCAGGUUUCCUCUUAUAUCAAAGAAUUUCUUAAGUAAAACGGUACAAGCUGAACCACUUAUUCAAGACAAUCCUGAAUGCCUUAAGAUGGUGAUAAGUGGAAUGAGGUACCAUCUACUGUCUCCAGAGGACCGAGAAGAACUUGUAGAUGGCACAAGACCUAGAAGAAAGAAACAUGACUACCGCAUAGCCCUAUUUGGAGGCUCUCAACCACAGUCUUGUAGAUAUUUUAACCCAAAGUUUAUUUUAGAUCCAGAAAGGACCCAAAGCAGUCAAGUGCCUGCCUUCUGCCCUCCGCCCCAUCUAAUCAACAUUCUACAGAAACCACACAAGAUUAAAUUGGAUUAUAGCUGGACAGACAUCCGCUGCCCCUUUGAAAAACGAAGAGAUGCAGCAUGCGUGUUUUGGGACAAUGUAGUAUACAUUUUGGGAGGCUCUCAGCUUUUCCCGAUAAAGCGAAUGGACUGCUAUAAUGUAGUGAAGGAUAGCUGGUAUUCCAAACUGGGUCCUCCGACACCUCGAGACAGCCUUGCUGCAUGUGCUGCAGAAGGCAAAAUUUAUACAUCUGGAGGUUCAGAAGUAGGAAACUCAGCUCUGUAUUUAUUUGAGUGCUAUGAUACGAGAACUGAAAGCUGGCACACAAAGCCAAGCAUGCUGACCCAGCGAUGCAGCCAUGGGAUGGUGGAAGCCAAUGGCCUGAUCUAUGUUUGUGGUGGAAGCUUAGGAAACAAUGUUUCUGGGAGAGUGCUUAAUUCCUGUGAAGUUUAUGAUCCUGCCACAGAAACAUGGACUGAGCUGUGUCCAAUGAUUGAAGCCAGGAAGAAUCAUGGGCUGGUAUUUGUAAAAGACAAGAUAUUUGCUGUGGGUGGUCAGAAUGGUUUAGGUGGUCUGGACAAUGUGGAAUAUUACGAUAUUAAGUUGAACGAAUGGAAGAUGGUCUCACCAAUGCCAUGGAAGGGUGUAACAGUGAAGUGUGCGGCAGUUGGUUCUAUAGUUUAUGUCUUGGCUGGUUUUCAGGGUGUUGGUCGAUUAGGACACAUUCUCGAAUAUAAUACUGAAACAGACAAAUGGGUUGCCAACUCCAAAGUUCGUGCUUUUCCAGUCACAAGUUGUUUAAUUUGUGUUGUCGACACUUGUGGAGCAAAUGAAGAGACCCUUGAAACAUGAAAAAUGAGUGGACUUCAGACUCAUCAGAGACUCAAAAAUAUAGCCACCAGUGCUUUGUUCCAAGAGUUUGGUGACAAAGUUUUGGUUUGGUGUUUUGGUAAAGAAAGUUUCAAGUGAAAUGAGGUUCCUAUUAAAUAGAUGUUUCUUUUAUAUGGAUUUCCUUAAUUCCAAGAUCAUAUUUUAGCUGGCCACAAAACCAAGAACAUAUCUAGCAAGAAAACUUGAAAAAGUAUAAGCAUUUGUUAAAAAUAUGUAUUUCUUGAAUGAAUUUCACAUUUGUAACUAUGAUUUUGGCAGAAUGGAAGAUUGGCUCAUCAGUGAAGCGCAGUAUCUUAGCUCUAGAUUCUGUUUUCACGCAUCACAGAAGUGCUACGUGGUUAGGUCUGUUUGUGCUCAGUCAAGAACUAAGGAAUAGUAUGAAUUGUAAGUCAAAAUGGGCAACUCAGAUGGAGCAGCUUAGUCUCACAUAGUUUGCUUGUCUUUAUUUAUUUUUCUAGUGCCAAAUGUAUUCCAUUUUUAAAGUAAGCCAGAGUCAGUCAAGGCAUAUACACACUUUCUCACAAAACUUCCUAAGUGGAUUUGGGGGUUUAAUGUGUCCAACUCCUCAUGAAAUAUAUUCAGUCCACUUAAAUAUAUUCCAUAUUUUUAACAUAAAAUGUAAAGCUUAGCACCGAUCAUUAAUUUAUGUCUCUGUUUUAUUCAGUGAUUAAAAAAGGAUUCUGCCUCUUUAGUCCUCACUGUUAAAUAAAAUCCAAUCAUAAUAAGUGAUUAACUAGCAAAAGGUAAAGCUAUUUAUAGCAAAUUUCUAGAUCAUUAGAAAAGCACUGGUAGUUGUACCACAAUAUCAGUGUUGACUUUGAACUUCUUUAAAGAGAUCAUGGAUUAUUUUCCCUUAGCCAAAACAUGAGAUAUUUAACCUAGUUGUCUCUAAAAGUUUUGUAAUCAUGAGUUACAUAUAUGUCAUCUCCUAUUCAUUGCUUUUAUGUGAUCAAUAAAUAUUUUACAAACCCAACUACUCAUUUCUUUUCUAGUAAUACUUUGCCUUUUUCACUGUGUAUGGAAUGAACCAUGUAAAGCUGUCACCACCAAUGUUUUUAUCUGAUAAUAUUAAAUAUUUUUUAACUU